GAAGCUUUCCUUCUGCCUCUCUCCGUCAACUUCGGCAACCUUGGAUUAACAAACGCGUCAACAAAAGUAAGGUUACAUGAGAUGUUUUGAAUUUUCAAAGAAGUAAAAUGUUAUGUUUGAAACACCUGAAUCGUUCUAUCCAACGAUAUUUAUCAUCAGUUACUAAGCCAUUGCCCGCAGAUGUGAAGGUGCUGGACCAUAGUUACUCGCGAGAUAAAUUCACCAACAUAACAAGUAGAAUUGCAUCUCAUGUCGGCCGAAACCUACAUCUACAGAAAUUUCAUCCCCUUAAUAUUGUGCAGCAACGCAUCACGAAUUAUUUUUACCAGAACUUUGUUAGUGCAGGGCGAAGCCCUAUUUUUUCACUGUAUAACAAUCUAUCACCUAUAGUCAGUGUGAACCAGAAUUUUGAUAGCCUCCUAAUACCAAAAGAUCAUGUUUCACGAUGUAAGAGCGACUGUUACUACAUUAAUUCAGAGUUGUUGCUUCGAGCCCACAUGACUGCUCACCAGUCAGAGCUUCUAUUAGCUGGUCUAAACAAUUUCCUAAUGGUUGGAGAUGUAUAUCGCAGAGAUGAAAUUGACCGAUCUCAUUACCCAGCAUUUCACCAAUUGGAUGCAGUGAGGCUGAGAACAAGAGAUGAACUAUUUCCAAGUGACAGCAGUUUGCAGAUUUUCGAGCAAGGAAAUAAUACAGAUAGUUUUGGGGGCCAGGAAAAGCAAGCCUGCCACACAUUGGAAGCUGCCAAAUUGAUGGAGCAUGAAUUAAAAAGCACAUUGGAAGGACUGGCAACUCACUUAUUUGGCGACGUUGAAUAUCGUUGGGUCGAUACCCAAUUUCCAUUCACUCAACCUUCUUGGGAGCUGGAAGUUUUCUACAAUAAUGACUGGCUGGAAUUGUUGGGCUGCGGUAUCAUGAGGCAACCAAUAUUAACGAAUUCUGGUAUUUCUGAUAGAAUUGGAUGGGCAUUUGGAAUAGGAUUAGAAAGAGUUGCCAUGUGUUUGUACAAAAUACCCGAUAUAAGGCUGUUUUGGUCAAAAGAUUCCGGAUUUCUAUGCCAAUUUAAAACUCACAAUAUAAAUGAAGCAAUCACUUACAAAGAAAUAUCACAAUUUCCACAAUGUACCAAUGAUCUAAGUUUUUGGCUACCUGAAAAUGCCGAAUUCUCUAGCAACGAUUUUUAUGACUUAGUAAGAUCCGAAGGCGGUGAUUUAGUUGAACAAGUUCAAUUAAUUGACAAUUUUGUUCAUCCCAAAAACAACAAAACGAGCCACUGUUAUAGAAUUACGUAUAGGCAUAUGCAAAGAACUUUAACGCAGCGCGAGGCGGGCAUUAUCCAUAACAAGAUAGCUCAAGCUGCCGAAUCCCGACUCUUUGUCACACUGAGGUUGUAAUAACUCUUUAAAGUUGAAUAAGAAAGCUUUAAAGAAUUCUUUAUUGUAUUACAUAUGUUGUAACAUUUUUCAUUUCGUAAUAAUGUAUUACUAGUAAUACAUACAAUACUAGUACUUAUGUUGAUUUUGUUAAUUUUUGGUGUUUAUGCGCAAUAUACAGGGAUACUCAUGUUUAA